AUGCCGCCAAGGCAACGAACUCAAGCUCUGACAGCUCUCGCCACCGCAACAACCAUUGCCGGCCUGGCGGGGACACUAUACUAUCUUGACAUCCCAUCAAUACUCCGCCAACGAGUGAAAAGCCGCAAAGUUGAGCCACGAUGCUAUGAUCUGAACUCGCCACCCUCGUUGGCAGACCUCAAAAUUUUGACACAAGAGUCUACGGUGAAGGAAACAUAUCCUCGAGCGACCAGAAUUGAAACGAACAUACCGAUCUAUGACUGCUCACAGUUCGAUCUGGAAGACAAAGACUUCGUGAACAGGCUACAAGAUGAAUGGUACCACAUCCUCCUCUCCGGCCCAGGCGUCUACAUCCUCCAGAACUUCUACCCGGACACCACACUCAUCGACAACACCAACGCCGCCUACGCCGCCAUCGCCACCCGCGAGAAAGCAGAAAGCGGAACAAAAGGCGACCACUUUUCCGCCGCCCAAACCAACACUCGGAUCUGGAACAGCUUGUCAAAACACUGCCUCCAAGAUCCCACUUCCUUCAUAAAGUACCACAGUAACCCGCACUUUCGUCUGGUGUGCGAAUCCUGGCUCGGUCCAGCCUAUCGGAUAACAAGCCAGGUGAAUAUCGUCAAGCCUGGCGGCCAAGCACAGACGGUACAUCGGGAUUACCAUCUCGGAUUCCAGACGCCUCAAGGUAGUGUGAAAUGGCCGAAACGUAUGCACGUAGCUAGUCAAUUCUUGACUUUACAAGGAGCGGUAGCGCAUACGGAUAUGCCAAUCGAGAGUGGACCGACGAGAUUUCUGCCGUUCAGCCAGAUGUUUGAGGAGGGGUAUCUGGCUUAUCGACUUCCGGAGUUCCAGAAGGAUUUCCAGGCGGAUCAUGUCAGUUUGCCGCUGAAGAAAGGUGAUGCUGUGUUCUUUAAUCCCGCUCUGUUUCAUGCAGCGGGAGAGAAUACCACGAAGGAUUUCGAGAGGAGUGCGAAUCUGAUCCAAGUCAGUUCGGCUUUUGGGAAGACCAUGGAGGGUCUUGAUAGCAUACCGAUGGUGGAGGCGUGCUGGGAUUUGCUGGUGGAGAAGUACAAAGCUGAAGGAUGCAGUCAAGAGGUGGAUGCAUUGAUUAGAGCUAUUGGCGAAGGCUACUCGUUUCCAACUAAUCUGGAUAGUCGGCCGCCUGCUCCUGGUGGUAUGGCGCCGGAGAGUGAGCAAGAUUUGCUGUCACGAGGGCUGGACGAGGGUUGGUCGAGAGAUGAGGUUGUUCGUGCGUUGCGAGAUAUGCGGAGAGAUAGUGUGGCGUAG